UGAGCGGACCGGAAGUAGCCGCAGUAGUGGUUCCGGUAGAGGAGCGGUUUUCAGUUUAACGAUGACGGCGGCGGUGUUUUUCGGCUGUACUUUUAUCGCUUUCAGUCCCGCUGUGGCUUUAUUCCUGCUCACCAUCGCCCGAGAUCCUCUGAGGGUCAUUUUCCUCAUCGCGGGGGCGUUUUUCUGGCUCGUGUCAUUGCUGCUGUCGUCGUUGGUGUGGUUCAUCUCCGUACAGAUCAGUAAUAAAGACAGCGGCUCGCAGCAGAAAGGCCUGCUCGUGUUCGGAGUGCUGCUGUCCGUCCUGCUCCAGGAGCUCUUCAGAUUCGCCUACUACAAACUCCUCAAGAAAGCGAAUGAAGGACUGCUGGCCAUCAGCCAAGAGGAGACGAUGCCCAUCUCUGUUCGCCAGCUGGCUUAUGUGUCUGGUCUGGGAUUUGGAUUGAUGAGCGGCGCGUUCUCAGUGGUUAACAUCCUGUCCAACUCUGUGGGUCCGGGUACCGUGGGCAUCCACGGAGAUUCACAACAUUACUUCAUUUCCUCAGCCUUCAUGACUCUCGCUAUAAUCCUGCUGCACAUGUUCUGGGGCGUCGUCUUCUUCGAUUCCUGUGAGCGUCGGAGGUGGUGGUCACUCGGAACUGUGGUGUGCAGUCACCUGUUCGUGUCAUGCUUGACGUUCAUGAACCCGCAGUACGAAGGCAGUCUGAUCCCCACCUACAUGGUCCUGUGCGUGAUGGCUGGCUGGGCGUUCUCCUGCGCCGGCGGUUCUCUGAGGAACCUCAGGCUUUGUCUCACCUGCAGGGACAAAGACUUCCUCCUGGUCAACCACAGGCCGAGAUAACAGAUCCUCACGCUGUACAGACUGGAGCACGACCAGUUCACCCAUCUUCAAAUCCUAGACUCUUGUUAGAUCGACCGGACGGGACGGGGUUUUCCCUUUUUUUUUUUGUAUGUUGUAUCUGUUUGCUUUUCUGUCCCUGAACCUCAACUCUUUGUGUGUGUGUGUGUGUGUGUGUGUGAGAGACAGAAAGACAGAGAAUUGUAAAACUCUGUAUUUUUUUUUUAAAGCAAACUUUACAGGCAGUUCCUGCUGGUUUGGUUUGCGUGUUUAUUCUGUUCUUCGUGCAUUUCUUAACAACUCUAAAAUGUCUUAAACCAGAUUUACUGACACGUCGGUUCUUCGGACGGAUCCGGAUUACAUCAGACGGCCCGAGUUGUUUUGAGAUCCACACCAGAGUCGAAAGCCUGAUCAGUGAUCGGCUAACGCCAAAACUACGGAAGCAUGGAGAGGACAGUUUAUGUACGUGUAGUUCAAUCAAACAAACAUUAAAAUGAUGUAAAAUAAUCCGUACGCGAUGAUGCUGAGGACGUCCGGAAUACAUCUCGACUUGAUACGCGCUAACUCUACGUCAAACGAGCUGUCUGUAAGAAUCAACUCUACAACAAAGAAAUGAACCAAAAUAAGGAAGGCUUUAAUUAAACCAGGGACUAAUAAUCACAUGACCCCAAUCGACCUAUGUAUUUAUUUAUUUAACGCUUGUGUAAAUGUGAACACAUUUACGCUGAACACACCGCUCCUGCUCAUGGUCGAGUUUUAAAAAAAACAAACAUUUUGAUGACACAUUCAGGAUCCACGUGCGAAGAACAGAGGCUCGUGUUCCUCUAAAACCGUCACUUUAUAUUUUGUUGAGACUAAUUAUGUCCCGAAACAGUCUUUUCUGUAUUAAUACUAAUUUACUGUUUUCAUCUGAAGUUGUAUUUUUGCUGAAAGUUCCUAUCAGAAGUGUGACUGAUGAAUGAAUGCAUUAUUUUCUAAGAGUAAGAUCCUACUGUAACCUCAGCUGCGUGGCUGAAAGCUGAUCUCGGCGCUCUUUUUCCCUUUUUCUUCAGGUUAGAAAAAAAAUUUUCACAGCAAUCCUCAAAUAGUAUUUGAACGUCUAAAGUUGAUGCUCCGUUUAAUGUUGUGGGGGGGGAGAGAAAAAAAGCCGAUCCAAGUUUGAAGCUUUUAAUUGUCUCAUUGUUAUGAAACAGGGUGGAGGUAAUUCCAAAAUUAAAAUAAAAUAAAUAUGAACUUAAAACAAUUUCUAAUGAAGCAUUAUACACAAUGUACAUCCUUUUAUCAAUCUCAGAUUUUUUUUUUCUUUAAAUCAAAGGAAAAUGUUAAUGCAGAAAAAUCCUAAAAAGAAAAGGGGGGGGGGUAAGGGGCGGAGUCAGGAAGAAUUGUGUUAGAGAGAGAAAACAGAACGUUUCCUAAUUGAUACUCUGGCCUCGGUUGUCUCCACCUGACUGCUUUAACUCUGACGGCUAAUAAAAGAAGUGAAAAUAAAAACUGGAUUUUUGUGUCUGGCGUUUAAAAAGAGCCGAGUCGGACUGCGGCGUGUCUUUGUGCGAGGAGGUUCGGGUCAGUAGUCGGUGUCCGAGCCCUCCGUGUUGUCCACGUUCCGAGACAGCAUGUAGUUGUCCAUGUCGAUGGAACGACAGUUAUUGAUAGCAUAGCGUAGCCGCUCCGCCAUCACUGG